UCGCGGGAUCCUUGGCAGUUCAGGCGUCAGAGUGGACCCAACAAGCGUCGGCCACGGACAUGACGCCUGAGGACCAGGUGGAGACCCAGCCGCUCCUGCGGCCGCCCGGUGUCAGCGUUCCCCGCGGCCGCCGCGUCUUCCUGGCCGCCUUCGCCGCUGCCCUGGGCCCUCUCAGCUUCGGCUUCGCGCUCGGCUACAGCUCCCCGGCCAUCCCGAGCCUGCGACGCGCCGCGCCACCGGCCCCACGCCUCGACGACGCCACCGCCUCCUGGUUCGGGGCCGUCGUGACCCUGGGAGCCGCGGCCGGGGGCGUGCUGGGCGGCUGGCUGGUGGACCGCGCCGGGCGCAAGCUGAGCCUCCUGUUCUGCACCGUGCCCUUCGUGACCGGCUUUGCCGUCAUUACCGCGGCCCAGGACGUGUGGACGUUGCUGGGGGGCCGCAUCCUCACCGGCCUAGCCUGUGGCAUUGCUUCGCUCGUGGCCCCGGUCUACAUCUCCGAAAUUGCCUACCCGGAAGUGCGGGGGCUGCUGGGCUCCUGUGUGCAGCUGAUGGUCGUCAUAGGCAUCCUCCUGGCCUACGUGGCAGGCUGGGUCCUGGAUUGGCGCUGGCUGGCUGUGCUGGGCUGUGUGCCCCCCUCCUUCAUGCUGCUGCUCAUGUGCUGCAUGCCUGAGACCCCGCGCUUCCUGCUGACGCAGCUCCAGCGCCGGGAAGCCGCAGCCGCUGCGCAGUUCCUGUGGGGCUCCGAGCAGGGCUGGGAAGAGCCCCCUGUUGGGGCUGAGCACCAGCAGGGCUUCCACCUGGCCCAGCUGAGGCGACCUGGCAUCUACAAGCCCUUCACCAUCGGCAUCUUGCUGAUGGUAUUCCAGCAGCUGUCGGGGAUCAACGCUGUCAUGUUCUACGCAGAGACCAUCUUUGAAGAGGCCAAGUUAAAGGACAGCAGCCUGGCCUCGGUCGUCGUGGGCGUCAUCCAGGUGCUCUUCACGGCCAUGGCGGCUGUCAUCAUGGACAGAGCAGGGCGGAGGCUGCUCCUCGCCUUGUCAGGUGUGGUCAUGGUGUUCAGCAGCAGUGCCUUUGGCGCCUACUUCAAGCUGACCCAGGGUGGCCCCAGCAACUCCUCACACACAGACCUCCUGGCGCCCAUCUCCAUGGAGCCGGCCGAUGCCAGUGCAGGGCUGGCCUGGCUGGCGGUGGGCAGCAUGUGCCUCUUCAUUGCCGGCUUUGCUGUGGGCUGGGGGCCCAUCCCCUGGCUCCUCAUGUCUGAGAUCUUCCCUCUGCACAUCAAGGGCGUGGCCACCGGUGUCUGUGUCCUCACCAACUGGCUCAUGGCCUUUCUGGUGACAAAAGAGUUCAGCAGCCUCAUGGAGGUGCUCAGGCCCUACGGCGCUUUCUGGCUCGCUUCCGCCUUCUGCAUCCUCAGUGUCCUUUUCACUUUGUCCUGUGUCCCUGAAACCAAAGGAAAAACUUUGGAGCAAAUCACAGCCCAUUUUGAGGGGCGAUGACAGCCCCUUCCCAGAAGCACCUCCCCUCCUAGCUGGGCUGGUUUGGACGUUGGAGGGGACAGAGCCUGCCUGUGACUUUGAGCUGGGCCUCCGCCAGAGCCCGGAGCCCCUGCCUGCCCCCAGGGAGCCAGGGUCUUGGAGCGCAGCCCCUCGCAGCCGUGUCCUCCAGGUCCCUCCUUCCUGCCCAGUUCCCUACAGCCCCCUGAGCCGCGAGCAGGAGAUUCCCAGUCCUUGGGUGCAGUUCCUGCUGCUGCUCUGAGACUGGAGAGGAGGAACAUCUUGGAGGGUCUUGGCCACCCCGUGGCCAGUCCUUCACAUGCCGUCUCUGUCAUGACACAAAAGCGACAGUGGAGGGGAGACUCGUGGCUCCUCGUUUUCUGGAGGAGGUGCCUUUGCAGGCCAGGUGGUAGCCCGUGGUCUCCUCCUCACAGGCCUGCAUUAUCAGGAAGGAACUAUGUUUGCAAAUAAAGAUUUGACUCAGAAAA